UCACGGGAGCAGCAUGGAGCGAGCGGAGAAAUGUCACAGCGCGCUGCCAACAGGGGGAACAGUCAGACAGACAUAUGUGAGCGGACAGUCAGCUGUGUUCCUCAACAUGAAGUCUGCCUCGCUCAUAUGUUAGCAUCCGCUGACAUUCCCAGCUUUUACACGCGUGGAGCUUCGUGGUGACUUGGACACGCGUCUGCUGGGAGCAUUUCUGGUUUUCUUCUUUUAAACUAAUAGACUUAGAGAGAAGAAGAAGAAAAAAAAAACAACAAUGACGAGGCGUAAAAGGCUCGACCUACCGAAUUGUUCCGCCUAAACCCAGCCAGGACCAAACAGCUGUCUCUUUCUCCCCCUCCUCUCGCCCCAACCUCACGGCUUCUUCGGGGGGAAAGCUCGGCGAAAACACAUAGAAAGGAGUCAGGGGGGCGACAUGGAUUGUCCGACCGAGAACCCUACCAGGGCUGCGGAAUAUCUGAAGGAGCUUAACAAGAUCAUCGAGACCCAACAGGGGCUGCUGGAAAGGCAGAGAGGGAGGAUAGAGGAGCUGGAGCAGCAAGUGUCCGACUUGUGCGCGGAAAACGCCUGCCUGAAGGAGCAGUACCAGCGGCACCUGGCAACCUGCAGGCUGCUGCAGGGCACCAGCAGCCUGGUCACACUGGGAGCCAUCAAGGAACAUGUCACUCACGACAAAUUGGAGUUUGACCCCACCAGAAUGGUCAGGAGGCAUGCAUCACUGCCGGUUGAAGCCACAGAAAAUCCCGGGAGGUUAGGAUCCGAAGGUUGCAAGAGGGUCAUCCCCUGCCGCAAGUGGAAGUCUGCGUCCUUUGGUGUGGAAGGAGAUGGACGGCCCAGUGAGAGCGGUCCUUCCUUGGACGGCAGAGCCAACUAUGGCCAGGGUCCCGUAACUCACGGGUCAGCCAUCAGCCCCGAUCGAUUUGACGGCCCGCUUUACAGCCACGGGGUCCAACCCGGGCCGCAGAGGCCCCGUCGACCCAAACUCCAGCACUCGCAAUCCAUCCUCCGCAAGCAGGCCGAGGAGGAGGCCAUCAAGCGGUCUCGUUCUCUCUCUGAGAGCUAUGAGCUCUCUGCUGACCUUCAGGAUAAACAGGUGGAAAUGCUGGAGCGUAAAUAUGGUGGAAGGUUCAUAACUCGGCAUGCAGCUCGCACCAUUCAGACAGCCUUCAGGCAGUAUCAGAUGAACAAGAACUUUGAACGUCUCAGGAGCUCUAUGUCAGAGAACCGUAUGUCCAGACGCAUCGUUCUUUCUAACAUGAGGAUGCAGCUUUCAUUUGAGGGCCCUGAGAAAGUGCACAGCUCAUACUUUGAAGGGAGGCAAGUGUCCAUGACGGAGGACGGCACCCCACUGUCCAUGGUGCAGUCUGAACGUGGGGACGUGGAAGUCCACCAACAGGCAAACAUGACGUCACAUCCGCCACCGCAGGCUGACCUGACCGAUGCCAUCACAGAGCUGGAGGAUGCCUUCUCCAGGCAGGUUAAGUCUCUGGCAGAGUCCAUAGAUGAUGCGCUGAACUGUCGUAGUCUUCAGGGGGACGAGGGGCCUGACCCUGAGACUAUGGGCUGCUCCAAAGUGCAGGGAGAAGUGCCCUAUCAGAUGAAGUCCCACCGUAGGCCAGCUGGUCGGGUGCGAGAUGAAACUGUUGCAUCAUAUAGUGACGUUACUUUGUUCAUCGAUGAGGAUGACAUGUCCCAUCCUGCUGCUCUGAGGUCAGGAGACCAGCCGUCCAGUACAGAAUCAGACUUAAGGCUGCAGUCAGUAAACUCCUCCCAGGAGUACUGGCCUGUUGACUCUAAAGAUGAGGGUCGUGACACAGACACUAGCUGCCGCAGCACUCCUUCUCUAGAGUGCCAAGAACAGCGUCUUAGAGUGGAUCACCUUCCUCUUCUGACUAUAGAACCUCCAAGUGACAGUUCAGCUGAGCUCAGUGAUCGCUCUGACCGCGGCUCUGUCAAACGACCGCCUGUAUACGAACCUCACGGCCACAUCGUGACAUCCUCCCAGGCGAGCCCCAAACACAUAUCCCACGGACCCCCGCCACGAGCGCCCUCCCGCGACGAUGACGCGCCUCUGCGCCAUCGCCACCGGCAGCUAGAAAGCCAUCUGGCAAUCAAUGGCUCAGCAAACCGGCAAAGCAAGUCUGAAUCAGACUUCUCAGAUGGGGACAACGACAGCAUCAAUAGCACAUCGAACUCAAACGACACUAUAAACUGCAGCUCCGAGUCCUCAUCGAGGGACAGCCUCCGAGAGCAGACUCUAAGUAAGCAGACCUACCACAAAGAGACUCGAAACAGCUGGGACUCGCCAAUCUUCAGCAAUGAUGUGAUCCGCAAGAGACACUACCGCAUCGGCCUCAAUCUUUUCAACAAGAAACCCGAGAAGGGCAUCCAGUACUUGACCGAGCGGGGGUUCAUUCCUGACACGCCGGUUGGUGUUGCCCACUUCCUACUUCAAAGGAAGGGGCUCAGCAGGCAGAUGAUUGGAGAAUUUUUGGGUAAUCGACAAAAACAGUUCAACAGAGAUGUCCUGGACUGUGUGGUAGAUGAAAUGGACUUCCAGAGCAUGGAGCUGGAUGAGGCCCUUAGGAAGUUUCAAAACCACAUCCGUGUCCAAGGGGAAGCUCAGAAGGUGGAGCGGCUCAUUGAAGCGUUCAGCCAGCGGUACUGCAUCUGUAACCCCACGGUGGUGCGACAGUUUAGGAACCCUGACACCAUCUUCAUCCUGGCCUUCGCCAUCAUUCUUCUCAACACUGACAUGUACAGCCCAAACGUCAAGCCAGAGAGGAAAAUGAAACUGGAAGACUUCAUCAAGAAUUUAAGAGGUGUGGAUGAUGGGGAGGACAUACCCAGAGAGACUUUGGUCGGCAUCUAUGAGAGGAUUCGCAAGCGAGAGCUUAAGACUAAUGAAGACCAUGUGUCACAGGUGCAGAAGGUGGAGAAACUCAUAGUGGGAAAGAAACCAAUUGGUUCACUCCACCAUGGACUGGGAUGUGUGCUGUCGCUGCCCCAUCGACGUUUGGUGUGUUACUGCCGCCUGUUUGAAGUGCCAGACCCCAACAAGCCUCAGAAGCUGGGCCUGCAUCAGCGGGAGAUCUUCCUGUUCAAUGACCUCCUUGUGGUAACAAAGAUUUUCCAGAAGAAGAAGAAUUCAGUUACAUACAGCUUCCGUCAGUCCUUCUCUCUGUAUGGGAUGCAAGUGAUGCUGUUUGAAAACCAGUAUUACCCAAAUGGAAUCAGACUUACAUCAGCAAUACCAGGUGCAGACAUCAAAGUUCUCAUCAACUUUAACGCACCCAACCCCCAGGACCGUAAGAAGUUCACAGACGACCUGAGAGAGUCAAUUGCAGAGGUCCAGGAAAUGGAGAAAUACAGAAUAGAGUCCGAGCUGGAGAAGCAGAAGGGGGUGGUGAGGCCCAGCAUGUCUCAAAGCUCCGGCCUGAAGAAGGAAGCCGGCAACGGGGGUAUGAACCGCGCCAGUCUGGACGACAGCUAUGCCAUGGGCGAGGGUCUGAAGAGGAGCGCCCUCAGCAGCUCCCUGCGGGACCUCUCUGAAGCAGGCAAGCGAGGGCGUCGCAGCAGUGCAGGAUCACUAGACAGCAAUAUGGAAGGGUCCAUCAUUAGCAGUCCGCACACACGUCGGAGACCUACAACAGCACGUGAGGGCUCCUCCCGCACCCAUCCCUCCAUCCCCAACUCGGCAUCAACGUCCAUACUUGGGUCGCUCUUCGGCAGCAAGCGGGGGAAGCCCUCGUCUCAGAGCCAGCCCCCUCUGCUGCCGCCCGGCCACCCCACCCUCAUAUCGCACAAGCCGCACCCAACCAACCUGCACCACACGGCCCAGGUGGUGCACACGGUGCAGGCCCAGCUACACGGCCCACAUCCCCAGUACUGCCAGGUCCCGCAGAACCCCCCGCCUUACCACCACCACCACCACUACCACCCACCUCCCCACACACAGUACCACCAGCACCCAGCCUACUCCUCACACUCGCACCACCACUCGCAGCACGGCCACUACAGCCAGCACUCUCACCACGCCCAGCACUCUCACCACCACGGCCAGCAGGCGGGCCCAGCACACGGCGGGCACAAACCUAAACACAGUGGCAUCAGCACCGUAGUGUGAUGCUCCUCACGCAGAGACGGGAAGACAAAGGAGGAAACUUUAUGAAGGAAGGACAAUCGCUCACACCAAAGGGACUGACAGCAUAACUCUAUGGCCUGUCCACUGUGUUUCCGCUGCUGUGCUGGGAAGCAGUCACACCCAGACACCGCUUUCACUUCCAGGUCAAACUGAUAUGCAGGAUAGAAAACGGAUUCAAAUCUUCCAAUAGGGGCCUUCACUAGUUUGCCUGAUUUGGGGCUUCUGUGUGUGGAGGGUUUGGGUGGUCUGCACAGGAAGAUGCUCUUUAAUUUCCACAAGCUCCAACCUGCUGCUUUAUCCCUGCAUUUACUGCUCCUACCAUUACAUAAUCAGGAGGAAGGAUGCCCUACGAUGAGAACAUGUUUGACUGUUUUUUCACAAUUUCAGAAUUUCAGCUGUUCAGUCUUUGGUUUUUGCAAAUCCUGCCAUCAUGUGAAUGCUAUUUGUUGUCGCCUCCUCUAGAGCUCAUAUAUAAUACAAAAAAAACGUAGAUAUAAGCAUUUCACACUGUCAGCGGACAGCUAAACAACUCAUAGUAGUUCUAGUGCUGUAUUUACUGUACACGACAGCUAUGCGUUUUGUGUCUUAGCUCUCAUUAAAUAAAUGUGCCAAUUAUUAACGCAUAAUCUAUUUAGUCGAGACUUCAUGUACAGUAUAUUGUGUGUAAAGUAAUUUGUAAGAUUAUACUUACAAUUAUUAUCAGCAAAAAUGGCGUCUAUCAGUAUUAAGCUGACUCCAGUGAUGGGUUGUAGAUCUGAAAAAGGAGCAAACUCCCAUUCUGCCCAGGCCUGGUCCGGUCUACGUAUGAUCUGUUUUAAAGGGUUUUUUUGCCUUUCUGGUGAAUACAAAAAAAACACAAAAAAAAACACCCAAAACAAAGCCCAUAGAUGGCAGCUGCUGUACAUUUGACAUCUAAAAACACAGUUUGAGCAGAGCUGAACUGCUGAAGGAGAUGUUUCCCCUAAAAAAGCGCUCAGAAUGAAGAAUUUAGUGCAAAACUAUAUUUUUAAAAGGUAAAAUUUCUGUUUCUGUUACAAAUAGUCUGAAAUAAAGUCAAUAUGCAGCGGCUGUUUUCUUUGCUUUCGAAAUCAAUUGAGAAAAUAUCCUGAAAUCUUUGUUUUUGCCUUGUUCAGAUUAUUAUUUUCAUUCGCCAACACGACUUUGGUGGAUUUCUUUUUUUUUGUUUUUCUAUUAAAUGUGCAAUAUCUUUGUACUGAUUUUGUACAUCAAGAGCAAGCAAGGUCUCCCCUCCUGUUUGAGCGUUUGUCAUUUUGCGUCAUUAUUUAUUUAUUUUCUCUUUGACCCCAUGUUUGCGUCGUUUUCUCUCUGUAAAUUGUCCGCCUAUCCUCGUGGUCUUAUGAGGGGUACAGACUUGGAGCUCAGUGGAAUGUCUUGUAAGGGUUUUGUUUGUUUUGCAUGUAAUGUUUUUGAUGUGAGGCUAUCCUCUGCACAUUGUAUAACAAAUCAGUGUUACCAUGGUAAGUUUAAGUGCAAUCAUGCAGGCUUGUACUUGAGGGUGAAAGUCUGUCGUCUUGUUGUCCAGGAUGAGAUUCAGGUGAAAAAAAGAAACUUUUUCUUUGUUCUUUUAAAAAGACGUAAAAGUACCUAGACACUUCAGAGUGGAAAGAAGAAUGUGUGUAUAUAUUUUAAUAAAAAGGAAACUGAAAUAUUUCGCUGGACAAGCACAUAUAAAAGGACAGUUCAAUUUUUUUCAGGAAUUGCAGUUAUAACCUACACAAAUGCAAGCUAAACAGAAGAACUGGGUAUAUGUAAAGAUUAUCUUUCUAUAUUCUACAAAUAAGAGUCUAUUCUAGUGUGUAAAUUAGUGACAGUAAGCUGUUUGUCCCAAUAUUCAGGUUAUAAAAUGUAUUUUAAUAUUCAUGAAGAAAUCCACAGAAGUUGGGCUCACACAUUAUCUUAUUUUUGUUUUUCCUUUAGACGACAGACAUAUCACACGCGGGACAUUAAUGAUACGCUGAAUGUGUCUUUUUCUGAUAAUUUCAUAUCUUUGCUAUAAUUCUGAAAUUUUUGGAAAUGGUGUGAAACUGAUGCAACUGUUUAUUUUGGUGUGUUGUCGUGCUUUAAAUGUUUGAGGUUUUUUUGUUUAGAUUUUUUUUUUUUCAAAAGUACCCCAACAAUGCACUGCAUGGAUCUGAUGCAUCAUGCGUCCUAUUCACUGUGAGCUGAUGGGGAAGAGAUCAGCCUAUAACAUGUUGGACUUCUUUUCUUCUUCUUUUUUUUUUUUUUUGGUUUUGAAUAAGUUGGAACUUUACGAUGGUGGCGUGUCCUUGUCGUUCCAUGUUUUUUGCCUGGUAGUCAUUGAAGCUCAGCAUGCAUUUCAUCAACAAAGCCAUUUUGUAAAUUACAAACAUGGAAGAAAAAGAAGAAAAAAAGAAAACAUUGCACUUCCUCGCUGAGGGCUUACAUUGUGUAAAUAGAGGAAUCUGUUGUGCAAGCUGAUGAACUGCUUGAUUAGAAAGUUCAGCUUUCUGAAGACUGUAAAGGGACCAAAACUGGGGUAAAAGGAGAUGUACAUAAUGUCUAUACUUCCAGUGCUCUACUCUGACAUCUGCAGUUGAGAGCAGGAUGUACAUGUCGCCUCCUGAAAGGAUUGGAGCAGUGCUGAUUGAACCGAUCGACUCUCUCUUCCUCCAGCAGUUGUGAACUGAGAUUUGCUGUGGAAAUCAAAACCAGACUGUUAUAGGAAGUGUGCUGCCAUCAAUUACAUGCAGUUUUCCUUUCAUACAUACAAAUACAUACAAACACAUGCACACACACACAAACAAAUGUACACACAACCGGCUGCGAGCUGUUUGAUCUGACGAGUGACAUGUUUUGAAGAAAGGAAACGACAGGAAUGGCCUCAUUUAUAUGUGCAUUCUGUUUGUACAGUGAAUAGUGAGUCAGUAAGACCCCAGUUAUUGUAAAACUUCAACUGUGACAAUGUUGAGAACGCAAAAUAAACAAAUAUAUGACUUAUGGUA